CACCCUGGACCCACGUGUAGUCUUCGCCAAGGUCUACCACGCGCACUCCCACGCCGGCGGCAAGGCCGUGGCCGUCAAGCUGCUCGAUCUACCCGAGCUGGCCGCCACCGGCCUGGACGCACCCAUGCUCGGCGAGGUCACCGCCAACGGCAUGGACGCAGGGGGAGAGGGAGCGAACUGAUGCUUCUUCGCGUGCUGUUGCUUGAGAGCAUCAGUGGAGUGCCAAGCGAUGCAUACAAGGUGUUUGGUGUAAUGCCAAGUCCAAGUGCACAUACGGAAGAUUGCUAAUCAGGCUUUGUCUCUCCUCCUUGUUUUGUUUAUUGAGAUCCUCUUGUCUACUUCUGCUAAGUGCUAACCCGGCUAAGAUGAACUUCCCUUGUGUAGUUCCGGUGAGAUCAAAAUUUCUGAAAUUAUUGUCUUCCACCGAGCAGGGAGAAAAGAGGAAGAAACAGACUUGAGAAAGAGAGAGUGUGUGUUCGGGAAUGGAGGUUAGAGAUGAAUCUUACACGUGGGUCAGGAUUUCAUCGAGGGUACUAGGGACAACAGCAAAUCCUGGUCGGGAUUGGCCUUUUCCUAACGUGCCAAACAACGGGAAAUGACUAUAGGGUUAUGAUUGACCGGGAUUAACAAAGUCGGGUGCUAAUUUCAGGAUUUAAAGAUCAGGGUUCAACUUAUACACCCUUUCCAAACUUAUGGUUUAAAAUAGACUUUACUCUCAGCGAUGAUAUUUACUUCAAUCGAAAAGACACAUACACGUCCAGAAGUUACUAUAUCCAGCAGCAGAAUCUAAAAGUAACUCUGAAAAUUAAAAUUACAUCCAGCAGCAGCAGAAAGUAACUCUGGAAAAUAAAACUACAUCCAGCACCAGAAUCUAAAAGUAACUCUGAAAAUUAAAACUACAUAGCAGCAGAAAGUAACUCUGGAAAAUAAAACUACAUCCAGCACCAGAAUCUAAGUAACUCGCAUAUGUUGAAGCUACAUCCAGCGAAAUCUAAAAGUAACUCUUUACCUAUAAUUUACAUCCAAAAAAUAAUGAUUCAGAGUAAGAAUAUCGCCUUGAAUCUUGUCUCCAAAGUGCAGCAGCUACACUUUAAACUGACGCACUGAAAACCCGUAAAGGAAAGAUCCAAAAUGCAAAUUGCCAAAUGACAUUGUCCAACUAGAGAUCCAGGGAAGAAAUAACUAAAAAUUAUGUCCUUCAUCUUGCAGCUACCGAGAUGAUGUCAGGCAUCGGAUUCAAGACAAGGAACAUACGAGAACUCUUCGUGGAGUAGCUUACAGCAACGUCGGUGAAAAGCACGUGUCCUGGAGCUUAGAAGCAAGACAAAAACCAUCGAUCAAGAAAUCUCCAAACCUCAUAUUCGUCACCAUGACCUGAAAACCAGAUCCUGGGCCAGCCAACCCUUCUUUCUUCCAUGAGUCGCCGGUGCAGAAGAUUGACGAGGGCGGCACAACGCACAGAUGCAGUGGACCGUCGGGUGUUGGGAGACGAAGCCCUCAAAGACCCACCACGCACCUGCAGCAACCUCUCUACAGCCACCACCUUCGAGAUCCGGAGCCAAGGAGCCAGCGUUGGUCUCUGGGAAUUAGGUGGACUGCUUUGCCAGGCGCCUCCAAAGCCGGUGCAAGCCAAGAUCCGCUGGCGAAACCACCGGAUCUGGGGGAGGUGAGUCUUAGCCGCCAGCAUGAACGUGUAGAAAAAGGAAUCAGAGAAGAGGGAGACACUUAGAUGAAUUUAUUAGAUGAGAAAAAGGGGAGCCAACAGAAGGAGACCGUCGUGCUGUUCGCUGGCAACUCCCACCGGCGACGGUGAAGAGAGACAGGGCGGCGAGGCUGCCCCGGCACUCCGCCGGCGGAGGAGAGGGGAAGAGGAGGCCAACCGGCCCUACCAAGGCAGACCAGGAGGAACGGCAGAACGAAGCGGUGGGAGAGGUGCGUAGACUGGGCCGAGUGAGGGGAGGGAGAAGGAGAAACGCACGAUGGAAUCGGACGAGGGAGACGCGUGCGCAUCGCGCAAGACCAGGAAGUGCUCGCGCGCAAUUCCUUUGUUCCCGAACGGAAUCCCCAGAUACGGAAGUUCGGUUGUUACGCCCGGAACGGAAUCCCAUAUAUAUAUCUAUCUAUCUGCCCCGCGCUUCUGGUGGCCGGCCUCGCAUCGCAGCAGUAUCUCCUCCCUCCUCCGGCUCUUCCGCGUGAGAUCGAUCGAGUUAUUAGAUCCCAUCGGAUUGAGGCUAGCUCGAUUGACUACACAAUGACGCCGUCUGCCAUGAACAUGACCAAGGAGCAGAAGGAGCAGCAGGACAUCGACGACUGGCUCCCCAUCACCUCUUCCAGGAAGGCCAAGUGGUGGUACUCCGCCUUCCACAAUGUCACCGCCUUGGUCGGCGCCGGCGUCCUCAGCCUCCCCUACGCCAUGUCCGAGCUCGGCUGGGGGCCAGGGGUGGCGGCGAUGAUCCUGUCAUGGGUGAUAACCCUGUACACGCUAUGGCAGAUGGUGGAGAUGCACGAGUGCGUCCCCGGGAAGCGUUUCGACCGGUACCACGAGCUGGGGCAGCACGCCUUCGGGCAGAAGCUGGGCCUGUGGAUCGUCGUCCCGCAGCAGCUCAUCGUGGAAGUCGGCGUCUGCAUCGUGUACAUGGUGACGGGCGGCAAGUCGCUGAAGAAGUUCCACGACGUGGUGGCGCCGGCGGACGCCGCCCCGAUCCGGACCAGCUACUUCAUCGUCAUCUUCGGGUCCGCCCACCUGCUGCUCUCCCAGCUGCCCAACUUUAACUCCAUCACCGUCGUCUCCCUCGCCGCCGCCGUCAUGUCGCUCUCCUACUCCACCAUCGCCUGGGUCGCCUCCCUCGAGCACCGCCGCCACGGUGGCAGCAGCCACGUCGUCGAUUACAGCAUGACAGCGUCCACGUCGGCCGGGAGGACGUUCAACUUCCUCAGCGCGCUGGGUGACGUGGCAUUCGCCUACGCGGGCCAUAACGUGGUGUUGGAGAUCCAGGCCACGAUACCGUCGACUCCCGGCAAGCCGUCGAAGAAGCCCAUGUGGCUCGGCGUCAUGGUGGCCUACCUUGUCGUCGCCGUCUGUUAUCUCCCCGUGGCGUUUGUGGGGUACUACGUGUUUGGGAACGCCGUGGAUGAUAAUAUCCUCAUCACGCUGGAGAAGCCACGCUGGCUCAUCGCCGCCGCCAACAUGUUCGUCGUCGUCCACGUCAUCGGCAGCUACCAGAUCUACGCCAUGCCCGUCUUCGACAUGCUUGAGACGUUCCUCGUCAAGAAGCUCCGGUUCCACCCUGGCUGGCCUCUCCGUCUCAUCGCUCGCUCCCUCUACGUUGUGUUCACCAUGAUUGUUGGCAUCGCCAUCCCCUUCUUCGGUGGAUUGCUAGGGUUCUUCGGUGGCUUUGCCUUUGCCCCAACGACCUACUUCCUGCCCUGCAUCAUGUGGCUGAUCAUCAUGAAGCCCAAGAAGUUCGGCUUCUCAUGGUGCACCAACUGGAUCUGCAUAAUAAUCGGCGUGCUCCUGUCGUUGUUGGCGCCCAUCGGAGGACUCCGGUCUAUCAUCAUCAAUGCCAAAACCUACAAGUUCUUCUCAUGAUCGAUAGAUCUGAUGGAAGCCUGCAGGAACAAGCCUAUAUAGCUAGUAGAGUAUGAUUAGAUGCAGAGUUUAUUUACUUCCAAAGUGAUGAACAUUAUGAGUUUGUGUGGUUGUUGGACUAUACACAAGUGUAACGGAGGCGUUAUGUAGCCUUCAACAUUUGUGAAAUGUCAG